AUGGACCCGAUGGACGUCUUGGCGACCCUCCUCGGCUGCCUCGUCGCGACCGCCAGCGCCUCGGUCAGCAGAAGCGUGAAGCUCCCAGGCGAGAUCGUGCUCGGCGGCCUCUUCCCCAUCCACGAGAAGGGCGAGCACGCCCCCUGCAGCCCCGCGUUCUACGACCGAGGCCUCCAGCGUCUCGAGGCCAUGCUCUUCGCCAUCGACCGCAUCAACGCCGACCCCGUCCUCCUCCCGCACAUCCGCCUCGGCGUGAACAUCCUCGACACCUGCUCCAGGGACUCCUACGCCCUCAAUCAGAGCCUCGAGUUCAUCCGCGCCUCCAUCAACACCAUCGACACGUCCGGGUUCGAGUGCUCGGACGGCAGGGAGCCGCGGCGGAAGUACGCUCACAUGCCGGUGGCGAACCUGCUGCGGCUGUUCGGGAUCCCGCAGAUCUCGCCCGCCUCGACGGCGAAGACCCUGUCGGAUAAGACCCGCUUCGACCUGUUCGCCAGGACCGUGCCGCCGGACAACUACCAGGCGAUGGCGCUGGUCGACAUCCUCCUGUCGUUCAACUGGUCGUACGUGUCGACCGUCUCCUCCGAGGGCUCCUACGGGGAGGACGGGAUCGAGGCGUUCCGCCAGGCGGCGGCGGAGCGGAACAUCUGCAUCGCGGUCAACGAGAAGGUCCCGCACAACGCGAACGACACGAUCUUCAACGAGAUCAUCCAGCGGCUGACGCGGAAGCCGCAGGCGAAGGGGGUCAUCCUCUUCACGAGGGCGGAGGAUGCGAGGGGAAUGCUUGCGGCGGCCCGGCGCCGGAACCAGACCGAUUCCUUCUACUGGCUGGCCAGCGACGGCUGGGGAAUCCAGCAGAAGCUGGUGGAAGGCCUGGAGGACGUGGCCCAGGGCGCCGUCACCUUGGAACUCGAUUCCUCCGUCCUCAAGGAAUUCGACCUCUACAUGCUCAAUCGGACGCCAGACAACAAUUUUCGCAAUCCUCGUGACUUAUUAAUAGUUGGUUGUUCAGUGCGUCUCUCAAGCUCCACCUUGAAUCCCAGGUUCGAGGACUUCUGGGAGCAGACGUUCCAGUGCAAACUCCCGAGAAACCUGGAGAAGAUGGCGGUGAACGAGAUCCCGGUCACGGCAGGACCAGAAGCGAAACCGGUGAAGCCCUGCGACCCGAGCCUCAGGCUCUCCCCGUCGAACGGGUACAUCCAGGACUCGAAGGUGCAGUUCGUCGUGGCGGCCGUGUACGCGUUCGCUCACGCCCUGGAGAACCUGUACCGCGACGUGUGUUCGCGGAAGGAGAGGCGGGUCUGCCAGGCCAUGAAGACCUUCGACGGGUCCCGGUUCUACCGGGACUACCUCCUCAAGGUCAACUUCAUCGGUGAGAUGUCCUUGAGGUCCGGCUUUCCAAGGUCAAAACUCAGAGAUCUGCCGCGUUCGGAAAAAAUUCUCUUGGGUACUCUCCGGAAAAAGCUAUUCCCGGCUAAAGAGAUAUCUCCUCAAACAAAGGGAGAUUCAAUUUCCGUUUUAGACAACAUGGCCGGAAGCGAAGUGAAGUUCGACGCCUCGGGAGACGGCCCAGCCCGAUACAAGAUCAUGAACUUCCAGAAAAUGCCUCGUAUUCCACACUUCGAGUACAAGGAAGUGGGGUCGUGGGCGGACGGGAAGCUGAUAAUGGACCCGAAGGAAGUGGUGUGGAAAAAGGGCUCGCGGGUGUUUCCCUCGUCCGUCUGCUCCCUGCCGUGCGGGAUCGGGGAGGUCAAGUACAUGCAACAGGGUGAGACGUGCUGCUGGUACUGUUACCGCUGCCAGCAGUGGGAGUUCCUCGCCGACGAGUUCACCUGCCAGGACUGCGGAUUCGGGAACUGGCCGCACGAGAACAAGACCGGGUGCUACGCCCUCACGCGGCAGUACAUGCAGUGGACGAGUCCGUUCGCGCUCAUUCCGAUCGCGAUCUCGUGCGCGGGGAUCCUGCUCACGCUCGCGGUGAUCGCGGUGUUCGUGCGGUACAAGGAGACGCCGCUGGUGAGGGCGUCCGGGCGGGAGCUGAGCUUCAUGCUGCUCGCGGGGAUUCUCAUCAGCUAUCUGAAUACGUUCUUGCUGCUGGCGAAGCCGUCGCCGCUCUUCUGUGGCUUGCAGCGAUUCGGGAUCGGAACGGGAUUCUCCAUCAUCUACUCCGCCUUGCUGACGAAGACGAACCGGAUCUCGCGGAUCUUCGACUCGGCGUCCAAGUCCGCGCGGCGGCCGAGCUUCAUCAGCCCGCGGAGUCAGCUGAUCAUCACGUGCAGCCUCAUCUCGGUGCAGCUGCUGGCGACGGUGGUGUGGAUGAUCGUGGAGCCGCCGGGGACGAGGGACGACUUCCCGGACCGGAUGCAGGCCAUCCUCAAGUGCCGGAUCAAGGACCUGUCCUUCCUGGUCUCCCUCGUCUACAACAUGAUGCUCAUCACCACCUGCACCGUCUACGCGGUGAAGACGAGGAAGAUCCCGGAGAACUUCAACGAGAGCAAGUUCAUCGGGUUCACCAUGUACACCACCUGCAUCAUCUGGCUCGCCUUCGUUCCCAUCUACUUCGGGACCGGGAACUCCUUCGAAAUCCAGACGACGACGCUGUGUGUGGCGAUCAGCCUGAGCGCGAGCGUGUGCCUGGUGUGCCUCUACUCCCCGAAGAUCUACAUCAUCGUCUUCCACCCGGACAAGAACGUGAGGAAGCUGACGAUGAACAGCGCCACGUACAAGAAGGCGCCGUCGUCGACUUCCCAGGCGGCCACGACGGCUGUCACCGUCCUCACGUCCGUCAAUUACGGUUCGUGCUCAGAUUUGUGA